GGGAAACAUCUGGACCAUGAAGGUGGCCUUCAGGUUGCUUCUCCCGCUUGUUCUUGUGCUGAUCUCGGAGGUGAGCGGGCAGCGGAGGAAGCCUCCCCGGAAACCCACCCGUCCACCUCCUGAGUUUGUUGAGCCUGUCGAGCCCACAGAGCUGCCUCCACCCCUGCCACCAGGUCCACCCUCCGUCUUCCCCGACUGCCCCCGAGAAUGCUACUGCCCCCCAGACUUCCCCUCUGCCCUCUACUGUGACAGCCGCAACCUGCGGAAGGUCCCCAUCAUCCCAUCCCGCAUCCACUACCUCUACCUCCAGAACAACUUCAUUGAUGACCUCCCAGAGGAGUCCUUCAGGAACGCCACGGGGCUGAAAUGGGUCAACCUAGACAACAAUCGCAUCCGGAAGGUGGACAGGCGAGUGCUGGAGAAGCUGGAAAACCUCAUCUUCCUCUACAUGGAGAAGAACCAGCUCAAGGAGGUGCCUGCCUUCCUGCCACCCAACCUGGAGCAGCUGCGUCUGAGCAGGAACCAGAUCUCCAAGAUCCCUGCUGGGGUCUUCAACAAGCUGGAGAACCUGGUGCUCUUGGAUCUGCACCACAACAAGCUAAGCGAUGGGGUCUUCAACAAAAACACCUUCAAGGGACUCAAGAACCUCAUGCAACUCAACCUUGCCCACAACAUCCUGAGGAAAAUGCCCCCUGGAGUGCCCAGUGCCAUCCACCAGCUCUUCCUGGACAGGAACAACAUUGAGGACAUCCCCAGUGACUACUUCAAGGAGUUCCCCAACCUGGCAUUCAUCCGGCUCAACUACAACCAGAUCUCUGACAAGGGGCUUCCUAAGAACUCCUUCAACCUCACCAACUUGCUGGUGUUGCACCUGGCCCACAACAAGCUCACCAACGUCCCUUUCAUCAGCCCCAAGCUGGAGCACCUCUACCUGAAUAACAACUCCAUCGAAAAAAUCAAUGGGACGCAGAUCUGCCCCACCUCACUGAUGUCCAUCCAGGACUUCUCCCCCUCCGACCUGGACAGCGUUCCUCGGCUCCGAUACCUGCGGCUGGAUGGGAACCUCCUGAAACCCCCCAUCCCCUUGGACCUGAUGAUGUGUUUCCGUCUCCUGCAGUCCGUGGUUUUCUAGCCCUGCCUGGCAGCGCACCUCUCCCAGGACUUGGCUUUGCACAAAGACUUGACCCCUGUCGGUGUUUGACACGUGGGACCCUCUUUGCCUCCCUCUCCCCCUGCUCACCACCUCCUCCCGCGUCCCUCCUGCUUUUCCUCCCCUG